GACUGUUGUCUGUUUAGAUGCCACCGCCAUGUGAUAUCUACUAUAAUACGCAGUAACAGUGACCAGUGUAAUACUCUCAGACACUCGCCACUCUGUAGUCUGCAGUAGUCUGUAGUAACUGGUACUAGUUUGACGCUCGACGUGAGUGUUUAUGAAAGAUAUCUAGUUAUUAUUUAUUUUAUGUAAAUAUUAAAUAAAACGGUUGUGAUUUUCAUCUCGAAUAUGGUACCUAAUAACAAUUAUUUUCAAAGAUAUUUCUCUGACUCUUUUAAAUAGAUUCUAACAUCAAAAUACAUGGAGUCAAAUGAAAAAACCAACUUAAUAUCUAGUCAUGUGUACACAAAUUACUCGAGUAAACCACAUCAUUUGCAUUAUACAAGUGCAAUAAGCCGAGUGUUAUGGCUGGCAUUGGUGGUUACAAUGCCGUGUUUGGCACCGGGCAUGAGUUUUGGAUAUUCUGCUAUUGUUUUGGAUCAAUUGCAGUUAACAGUUGACGAACAAUCGUGGUUUGCUAGUCUACCGUCCACGAUGAUGCCGAUCGGUUGCCUGUUGAGCGGGCCGCUGAUCGACAAGCUCGGUCGAAAGACGGCGCUGAUGGUCACCAACCUGCCGUCUUGUCUGGGCUGGCUGCUGUUGUCCAGGCAGCCGGCCAGCCUGUACUUGCUGUACGCGGGCCAACUGCUGGUGGGCAUGUCAGUGGGCUUGUCUACGACCCCGGCCACGGUGUACGCAGCCGAGUGCAUCACGGUCAACUACACCGGACUGCGUGGAUGCUUCACGAUAAUGACGUCCAUCAUGCUUAACUUCGGCAUGUUCCUCACAUACCUGCUGGGCACGCUUAUGCCCGCAUACGUGGUCGCUUACGUGGCGGCGUUUGUGUCAUUCGCAGCUUUCAUAUUCAUUGGGCUGCUCAUUCCCGAGAGCCCGCCGUGGCUAUUCGGACAGGGCCGACGUGGCGACGCAGAGUUCUCGCAGCGGGUGUUGCGUAUUGCCCAGCCCAUACUGCAAACGUCUCGGGCUAUGUCGCUAGACGGGGACACUGCCGCCAUGGUGCGCGUCCGGUCUCGGAUUGUCGACAGGCUGGCCGAACCGGACGUUUACAAACCGAUGGUGAUAAUGACGACGUUCCUGUUUUUCCAGCAGGCUUGUGGUUCGUUCGUGCUGACCGCAUACAUGAUUCAGCUGCUUGGCGGCCUCGGAGUGACCGUCGACAACUACCUGGUGACAUUGCUCGCGGGGUUCACCAACCUGGCGGCCAUGGUCGUGCUGUCCGUGCUGCUCACCCGGUCUGGUUUCAAACAGCUGUCGUAUGUGUCGUGCGCUGGCUAUGCCGCUUCAAUGGUGCUGCUGGCCGUGUUCCUGCAAUGCUACGACGGUGGCGACGCAUUCGUCACCAACGUGGUGGUCAUCGGCUGUGUGUUGCUAAAUAUGGCCAUGAACGGGCUGGGACUGCGGCCCAUACCGUACGCCAUGCUCGGCGAAGUGUUCCCGACCGACGUGGCAGGUGUGGCUGGUUCUAUCGUCGCGUGCAUGUCGUCAGUGUUCAACUUCGUCGCCAUCAAGUCGUACCCAUAUCUGCGCAUAUGUUUGGGUCCGGGCGUGUUCGCGGUGUACGGUGCGCUGGCGCUGCUAACUCUCGUGUUCGUCGUGGUGAUCGUACCGGACACUCGGGGCAAGACCAUCAAGCAGAUCAGCGACGAGUUCCUGCGGAAGAAAUCAGACAGCGGUUGUGGCGGUGGAGGUUACUGCAGUAAGAGAAGCAGCAUUGCGGACGAGGUCAUUUGAACUGUGCACGAUGGGAUGUACC